AUGAAGCCGUCGUGGGGGCUAUUCGCCAGCGCUGCAGCCGGAAACGGCUUGGGGGGCAUGCACAUGGCACUGCUGCCGCCGAUUCCUCUGUACCGGCGCCUGCUGCGGGCACACCGGAACCACCUGCCGCCCGCGAUGCGCGUCCUCGGCGACCAGUUCGUCAAGGCCGAGUUCCGCGCCCACCGGAACGUCGACAACCCGGUGCACCUGGUCGGGUUCCUCACCGAGUGGCAGCUGUACGCCCAGCAGCUCGAGGGCGAGUCGUGGGCCGGCGCGAAGCUGGAUCCGGCGAAGAUAGAGAAGAUGAGCGCAAUCGUGAAAAUGGCUGAAGAUGGGCACCGGCCUAAGAGACGUAAGACAAAGGCGGCAAACGAUCCGACUGUGGUGAAAAUCGGGGAUAAGACCAUAUCUCUCAAUGCAUAUCUAAACCCGCAAGAGAAGCCCUCAGAGCGACCACCCUCUGAACGGCCGCAGGAUGCCACACAUGAGCAAUCCCAACAGGCAGAACCUGCUAAAGAAUCUCCCUCUUCAAGCAAAGGUGACCCGUCACUCUUCAAGUCCCGUCAAAAACUGCCGAUAUGGGUCCACCAGGACGAAAUCAGAGCCAGUUUGAGAGCCGACAAUGAUGUGCUCGUUGUCGUCGGCGAGACCGGCUCAGGCAAAAGUACUCAGGUCCCUCAAUUUCUAUGCGACGAGCCUUGGUGUCGGAAGAAGAAAGUUAGGGUGAAAUCCGGUAUCGUGAAUGUGGGCGGCAUGAUCGCCAUUACGCAACCCCGGCGAGUCGCGGCGACUACGCUAGCCAGCAGAGUAUCUCGUGAGAUGGGUACACCACUGGGAGCAUCGCGAGAGGGGCCUGUCGGGUACUCGGUCAGGUUCGACCACAGCAUCCCAAAGGGGGCAAAAAUCAAGUUUCUCACCGAAGGCAUGCUGCUUCAGGAGCUCCUACGGGACCCGGACCUCCGUCAGUACAGCGCCGUGAUCGUUGAUGAGAUUCACGAGAGGAGCGUCGACGUCGAUCUGGUUGCCGGGUUUCUGAAGCAGAUCCUAUCGAGCGAUAAAGCUGGCCGGGGAGGUAUACCCCUAAAAGUCGUGAUCAUGAGCGCGACAGCAGACGUGGAGACAAUUCAAAAUUUCUUCCGUCCCCAGGAUUCGGGUCUGUCCGUCAAGUUGCUUCGUAUCAAAGGACGGCAGUUUCCGGUGGAGGUCAAGCAUACGGACAAGCCCGUCCCGGACAUCCAAGAGGCCCUCCUCAAGAGGAUCUUCGACAUUCAUCUACACGAGCCGCUACCAGGUGAUAUACUGGCCUUCCUCACCGGCCAGGAGGAGAUCGAGGCCGCCCAGCGCCUCAUCGAAGAGUACAGCGCGACGCUGGCCUCCGACGUGCCAAAAUUACUAGUCUGCCCCCUAUUCGGUCAACUCUCGAUGCAGGCGCAACAAGAGGCAUUUCAACCCGCUAAGAAGCGCUUCACGCGAAAGGUGGUUCUAUCAACAAAUAUCGCCGAGACGUCCGUCACCGUCCCGGGCGUCCGGUACGUGAUCGACUGCGGGAAAGCCAAAGUCAAGCAGUUCCGCUCGACAUUAGGAAUGGAGUCACUCUUGGCGAAGGCAAUCUCGAAGUCGUCGGCGAUACAGCGGACGGGCCGAGCCGGUCGCGAGGGGCCAGGCAAAUGCUACAGGCUUUACACUUCGGAGACGUACGAUUCGCUCAGGGAUGCCGACCUGCCCGAGAUCCUCCGCAACGACGUACUGGGCGCCGUCCUCACGAUGAAGGCACGCGGCAUCAACGAUAUCCUCUCGUUCCCACUCAUGGACUUCCCCGAUAUCGACUCCGUCGAGAAGGCGCUAAUCCAUCUCCAUUUUCUGGGGGCGCUGGCCGACGACGGCAACAUCACGGAAAUCGGGAGGAAGCUAGCUCUGUUCCCGGUUUCGGCGCCGUACGGCAGGGUGCUCCUCGCCGCGAGCGAGCCCCAGUACGAUUGCCUCCUCGAGGUGAUCGAUAUCAUCGCCUGCAUCACGUCGGGAGAGAACAUAUUCCACCAGCUGCAGUCGGAGGAGACGAGGGAAGAGGUGGAGGAGUACCGCAAGGAGCUGUUCCGGCGGGAGGGCGACAUCCUCACCUACCUGACGACGAUGCAGCGGUACGCCUCCGAGAACGCGGACCGGACGGAGUGGUGCAAGCGGCGGAAGAUCAACGUGCGGAACAUGAGGCAGGCGCUGAACAUCCGCAAGCAGCUGCGGGGGAUCUGCGCGCGGGAGAAGCUGCUCGCGGAGGCGCCGCCGGCAGACCCGCAGCCGUUCGAGCCGACGUCGCCGGAGCGGGCGCGGGCGCUGCUGCGGUGCUUCAUGCGUGGGUUCGGGACCAAGUGCGCGCUGCUCGCGCCGGACUCGAGCUACGUGACGGUGCAGGGGAAGCACGUGGUGGCGGUGCACCCGUCGAGCGUGCUGCACGGGCGCAAGACGGAGGCCAUCAUGUUCCUCGAGCACGUCUUCACGCAGCGGAGCUACGUGAAGAAGGUCAGCGCCGUCCAGGCGGACUGGAUCGUCGAGGCCAUCGAGGGGAGGUGA